AUGGCGGCAGCAACAUCCUACACCUUGUUGGCAAGCUGGUUUGGGUAUCCAAACAGCAACCGUCACUUCUUGAAGCCACCGGCUGCAACUGCCACGCUCAUCCGAUUCUGGCGGCGCAGGGCGAGUGCGUCGGCGAUGACGGCGGCCGGCGGCGUGGCCGGAGGACGGGAGCUGGCGGUGGAGGAGGCGGAGGAGCUGAGGAGGUGCCUGGCUCCGGAGAGGCUUGAGGUGCUGGAGGAGAUGGAGCCGUGGGUGGAGGCGCACGCGCUGCCGCUGCUCAAGCCGGCGGACGCGGCGUGGCAGCCGUCGGACAUGGUGCCCGACGCGGCGGCGCUCGGCGCGGAUGGGUUCCACGCGGCGUGCGUCGAGCUCCGGGAGCGGGCGGCCGCCGUGCCGGACGAGCAGCUGGUGUGUUUGGUGGGCAACAUGGUGACGGAGGAGGCCCUGCCGACGUACCAGAGCGUGGUGAACCGCUUCGAGUCGGCGCGCGACGUCUCCGGCGCCGACGGGACAGCGUGGGCACGGUGGAUCCGCGGCUGGUCCGCCGAGGAGAACCGCCACGGCGACGUGCUUAGCCGGUACAUGUACCUCUCCGGCCGCCUCGACAUGCGGCAGGUGGAGCGCACCGUGCACCGCCUCAUCAGCUCCGGCAUGGCCAUGCACGCGCCGUCGAGCCCCUACCACGGCUUCAUCUACGUCGCCUUCCAGGAGCGCGCCACCGCCAUCUCCCACGGCAACACCGCGCGCAACGUCCUCGCCCACGGUGACGCCGUGCUCGCCCGCAUCUGCGGCGCCAUCGCCGCCGACGAGAAGCGGCACGAGGCGGCCUACACCCGCGUCGUCGAGAAGCUCCUCGAGGCCGAGCCGGACACAACCCUGCGCGCCCUGGCGUACAUGAUGCGCCGCCGGAUCACCAUGCCGGCCGCCCUCAUGGACGACUGCCGCGACGCCGACCUGUUCGCGCACUACGCCGCCGCGGCGCAGCAGGCCGGGGUGUACACCGCAUCUGACUACCGGGGUAUCCUCGAGCACCUCAUACGGCGAUGGCGCGUGGAUGAGAUGGAGGCGGGGCUCUCCGGCGAGGGGCGGCGCGCGCGGGACUACGUGUGCGCGCUGCCGCAGAAGAUCCGGAGGAUGGAGGAGAAGGCCCAGGAUAGAGCGGCCCAAAUGAGGAAGAAGCCCAAGUCAAUUCCAUUUAGCUGGAUCUUUGAUAGGCCUGUGGAUGUCUUCUUGACCUAAGUAGUUUUUUUUUUCCUUUUUUUUAG